UCAUACAAGGUGCUGGUGCUGUUUGCCCUCUGAAGGACGGAAACACAAUGCAUCUGUGAAAAGCCAAAGAUAACACAGACGUUGUAUUCCUUUUCUUUUACGUUCUGCCCUCUGGAUCUGGAUAUCUGGCCAUGAAUCCUGAAUACGACUACCUGUUCAAGCUGCUUCUUAUAGGAGACUCUGGUGUCGGCAAGUCUUGCCUGCUCUUGCGGUUUGCGGAUGACACCUACACAGAGAGCUACAUCAGCACAAUCGGGGUGGACUUUAAGAUCAGAACCAUUGAAAUGGAACAGAAGACUGUCAAACUACAAAUUUGGGACACAGCCGGACAAGAGAGGUUCCGGACCAUCACAUCCAGCUACUACAGAGGAGCACAUGGGAUCAUCAUUGUAUAUGAUGUCACUGAUCAGGAGUCCUUUAACAACGUGAAGCAGUGGUUGGAGGAGAUUGACCGCUAUGCGUGUGAAAAUGUCUCCAAGUUGCUUGUGGGAAACAAGUGUGACUUGGUCUCUAAAAAGGUAGUGGACUUUGCCACUGGUCAAGAAUUUGCUUCAUCCCUAAAGAUUCCAUUCCUGGAGACCAGUGCAAAGAAUGCUGAUAAUGUAGAGAAAUCAUUUUUAACCAUGGCCUCUGAAAUACAGAAGCGUGUUGGAAGUGAUGGUGUUCAGAGUGAGGCUGCUAAAGUGGGCAACAAGAUAAACAGUGCACCCCUUUGGCCUGGGGGGAAAGAGGAGGCUGCCGCAGAGGAGGGGAAUUCUUGUUGCUAGUGCCAUACACAAACUACAGAAUAAGAGAAUCAAUGAGUUUGGACACUAUCUUAAUUUCCUUUUGUUUUGUUCAGAGAUGGUAAUUGAUCCUUGUGAGAACAGCUAUGCAAUAGUUAUGCAACAGUGCAUAGAAUGUGCCCCGCGGGAAAGGCACCCUUUGAAUUAGUCGGUACCAUUCUAAUGUAAUAGCUGAACACAGACAGCAACCGUGCUACCUUUGAAUGGCCUGGGUAUCGAACAUGUGACCAAAAAACAACAGUUGAUUUACCCAUGUGGGGUAGGUGAAUGUUUGCUUGAUGCUUUGAACAUGUAAGGUGAAUUUUGGGUGUAAUUUUAUCUGUAACAUUUGUGAAGAACUGAUUGUUUUGGUUACCACUGGUGGUCAACAUGUACUUUUUUCUUGUGUUAAACACUUUUUGAUUAACGUUUGUUGUUUAAUGAAGACAAUAAAUUAUAUAUUUGCGGCUUAAUUUGUUUUCUUCAUUGCUUUUAUGCAUAAUGCACUGUUAGUUGAAACUUGUUGAUGUAUAGGAACAAUUUGAUCAACUGAUCCCUUAAAAUAAUGUCCACAAAUAGAGUGGUGCACAGGUACAACAGUUGCAAAUCAUCCCUGGUACAUCGGUGCAAUCAUAGAAAUAGAAUCGUUCUAUAGCUGUGGGUGCAACACACAUAACCUGAAGCAGAUGCAAGCAACUGUGUUGUUAUGGCUGCCCUCUAGUGGUCAUGAAUAUUAGAUAUAGAGAAGCAAAAUAGAAGCAACAUGAAAAAUAAAGUAUGGCAAUGAUCGUUGCUAUGCUCUACGGAAACACAAUUUAUAACAGGGUCUAAAAGUUUAACAUUUGAAAGACAAAUCAGUGCAAAC